UUGUCCUAAUCUCGCUAUACAGAUACAGUGAUGUAUAUAUUUCAUCAGUUUGAAUUUUCCUUUUGAUUUAAUACUAGUUUUCUCUGGACACAAACACACCCCUUUUAGAGGAAAACUUCGAUUCUAAAAACCAUGUCUUUGAGCCCUCCUCGUGAAAGGAAUAAUGGCGACAGAACCUACCAGUUUUACUGGUGUUAUCAGUGCAAUAGGUCGGUCAGGAUUGCGUCCGACAACCCGUCACAGAUUAUCUGUCCUCGCUGUCUGGGUCAGUUUCUACAAGAAAUUGAUACAACCAGGCCUAGGGCUUUCAAUGAGAUUAUCACUUGGGAUCCAUUCCCAGAAGCCCGUUUAUUGGAAGCACUUUCCCUGGUGCUUGAUCCACCUCUCAGAGGCCUAAAUAAUGGUGUUGGUAGGGGUGAUGAGGCUGAAACAGAAGCGGCUAGAAACAGAGGCAGGAGAUGGCUGAGGAGGCGAAGCCACUCCAGAGAACAUUGGGAGGCGGAAGCUGAUACUGGAGUCCCUGGACGGCGGCGAAAUAAUGAAUUGGGAGGGAGACUGGGGUGGCCCUUUGGUAAUGGGUUGGGAGCUCAGGGUAGGACUUGGAUUGUCCUGAGGCCCACCGGUCCUCCUGGCCAAAAUGGACCCUUUCCCCAGUCAGAAAACAUGAGACCGCCAAGGUUUGAGCUCAGGGAUUUCUUCUCUGGACCAGGGCUAAAUGAAUUGAUCGAAGAACUCACCCAAAAUGACAGACCGGGUCCUCCUCCUGCUCCUGAUUCCGCCAUCAAUGCAAUGCCCACCGUGAAAAUUACGCCCACGCAUUUGAUUAACGAUUCGCAUUGCCCCGUUUGCAAAGAGGAGUUUAAGGUUGGUGAGGAAGUGAGAGAGUUGCCCUGCAACCAUGUUUAUCAUUCAGACUGUAUCGUUCCAUGGCUGCAGCUUCACAAUUCAUGUCCAGUUUGCCGGCAUGAGGUUCCGGUUCCUUCUGAUGAGUCUGAUGAGAGUCAUGAGGGAGAGGAUCGGCGGGUGCGGUGCAUGAGGUUGAGACAGUUAGCGUCUUUGUGGCCCUUCCGUUCUAGGUACCGCCGAAUUAAUCCCCAGGAUCGUGACGUUACUCCUCACAGAGCAGCUAACAUACAGUGGCCUUCUUGCUCUAUUCUUUAGCCCAUUAAUGUUGCUGCUCCUGGUACAAGCAGUUUAUCGACUCUUAUGAUUCAAACAUUUGUUAAUUAUGAUCAUGACCCCGGUGCGCCUCUUUACAGCUCUAUCAUGACAUGUAUCUCUUAAUUAUUUACUCUUGGUCAUUAAAUCUAUAAGGAUUGAUUCAUAUAUUUUCAUUUCUUGGUGUCUUUAUGUAGAACAUAUGAUAUUUGCCAAAAUAGGACCAUAUAUAAGCAUGGAUGGCCAUUAAAGCCAUGGUUAGUAAGUGUCUUCACAAAACCCAAUUAUACCGGAAAAAUGUAACAUAACCUUAAAAACAUGUGGCAGAGAUCCAUCCGUGACUUGUACCAUCGGCCAUGCCACACGUGGGAGAUCAAGCUGAAGAGAAUCGCCAAAACAUUGGUCAAGCAAGUAACUGAGGAUACCAUGCUGCGGCAAAUUCGCGCUGAUGCAUAUCCAAAAAGUGGCCCCUGAGGCCUUUAGUCUGUAAAACUGCCCUAUGCUUGUAUUAAAUGGACCAUAUCUACAAGGCCAACUGAUCAAAUAAACAUGACAGGAGUGGUUUUAAAGGUGACAGUACGUUUCCCAAGCUGCAAACAACUUCAUUUGUAGCUCAA